GAGUGGAUUUAGAGAGAUUUGAAUGAUUUUCUUGGGGUUUUAAUCAGAUUUUGAGCCUAAAGUGUGUUAAUAAAUGUAUUUAGGAAUGGAAACUAAAUUGGAAAAAAAUAUUACUCCUAAUUCCACAUUCGAAAAUCCGAAUUCAGAUCGUGAUAUGAUUAAGACUAAACAGACUGUAUACUUUGAUAUCCCCGAAGAAAGCGGGGAGAGUGCUAAUCUUGAGCAGUUUGAAGGUAACGGUUCAUCAGAUCCCUACGAUUAUGAAUCACUACAAACAAGCAAAAGCUUUGCUAAAAAUUUGAACCCUCCCUCACUUCGUAACAGGAUGACCAUCAAAAUAACCUCACCAAAGGUUACUCCCAUAAUGUCACCUCGAUUAUUAAUGAAGAACAAAGCGAAAUCAGUGGCUCCAGCUAAGAAAUUAUCUAGCUCCAAACUAAUAGAAGGAAUUUUAUGAAAGCCAAAACUAGAGAUGCAGAAUUUCAAGGCUCUAAACAACGUGAUCACAGCUUUAAAGACCAACAAAAUUGAUGCAUUCAUUGAUGAAAAUAUCGAAAACGUUGACUCGGCGAAAUACGUCCCAGUCGAUUUAAACGAUGGGCUAGAUAACGAACAUAGGAAGAUUUACCAAAAUUCCUGCUUCCUCUUCAGGAAUGGGGACAGAUUCAAGACGAACUGGGAUCUGCUGAUUAUGCUUCUUUCCAUCUGGAACUGCUUCGUACUCCCCUUCCAGGUUGCCUUUGAGCCAAAAUUUGAAGACAACCUCUUCUUCGAAAUCAGUAAUUAUAUAAUAGACUUUGCUUUCUUCUGUGAUAUUGUGAUAAACUUUCGAACCAGCUUUAUUAACUCACGGACUGGAGAGGAGGUGUUUGAGCCUAGAAAAAUUGCAAAGAACUAUAUUUAUAGCCUCAGAUUCUGGAGCGACCUCAUUGCAACCAUCCCAUUUGACACAUUUGCAUCACUCAUUUUGGGCCAGAGUGAUACUGAAAUCUUGCAGCUAUUUUCUCUACUAAAAUUGGCUAGAGUUUUGAGACUUAGCAGGAUCAUUGCCUACUUAAAUGUCAGAAAUGAGGUGAAAAUGUCCCUGAAGUUGUUCAAGCUGAUCUUCUACCUGACUCUCUACCUCCAUUGUUUAGGCUGCGCAUGGUUCGAAAUGGCUAAACGAAGGGAUAAGAAGUGGAUUCCACCACUUGAUUAUGUUUUUGUCACUACAACUUAUUUUGAAGAGAACACAAAUUAUAAGUAUUGGAUAGCCCUUUACCAUUCUGUGUUAAUGCUCACCGGAAAUGAUAUUGGGCCAAGAGGAUGGGAGCAGGUAGCAUUCACCACUUUCUUUGUCAUGGUUGGUGCCCUUAUCAACGCUAAUUUGUUCGGAGAGUUGUCAGUUAUUGUUUCAACAAUGAAUCGUAAAGCCUCACAAUUCCAUGAUAAGUUAGAUAUUUGCAAUACAGCUAUGAAAAAUUUGAGGUUGCCAGAAAAUAUGCAGAAGAAAGUCAUCUCAUUCGUAACGUAUACGCAAGGAUUAUAUGAAUCUCAAGACGAACUCAAGACUUUUCUCUCUUUGAUCUCUCCUAGCCUCAGAGAAGAUGUGCUAAGAUGCAUUUUUGCCGAAACUCUCAAUGGAAAUCCGAUUUUCAAGGGAAACGAUGACUUGAUCCAGUACAUUACCACAAGGCUGAUUACAAGCAAUCAUCUCCCUGAAGAUACUAUCAUUCGGCAAGGAGAGGAAGGAGAUGCCCUCUAUUUUAUUGCUAAAGGUGAAUGUAAAGUUUACGUACGAAAUCACAAGGGUGAAAACGAUCCUACAGGCAUCAUUCACCCUGGAGAGCUCUUCGGAGAGGUUGCACUAAUCUGCAAUUGUCGGAGAACUGCUACAGUCCUCACUCGGAACUAUUCCACUCUCGGCUUCAUCAAGAAGAGUGUGUUUCAUGAUUUGAGCAAGCAGUACACUGAGGUAUACACACUUUUAAGGAAAUAAAAUGAGAUUAUAUGAUGACAAAAUGAAAAGAUUUAUUAAAAACCAGCUGAGACUUCUCCCCUACUGAGUCAAUAUUUCUGAAAACACCAUAGAAGAAAUCUCAUAUAUGGUUAAGACUGAAUAUUACGAAAACAGACAGGUUGUGUUCCGGGAAGGCGACCCAACUACCAAGGUAUUCUUUGUCUCAAUCGGUGAAGUUGAUAUCUACAGCAAAUUUGGAGAUAAAGAGAUCACCAUUGACUCCUUAUACCAGGGAUGCUGGAUUGGUGCUUAUAAGGUUCUUACUGGAGACAAGCAUAGCUUUACAAUGCGAGCAAAGACAGAUACAACUUUAAACUACAUCUCCAAAGACGAUUUCUCUAUACUACAAAAUGGAUACUUUGAUCUAGGCAAAGCCAUCUCUGAAACAAUCAACUUAAUGGAAAAGAGUGAGGAUCCAAUAGUUGAUUUCUUCUGUUAUAAACCACUAACAGAGCCUUCCUGCAUGAGGACCUAUUUCAAGCUGAAAAUUGUAAAAAUAAUCUCAUGGAUCCGAAAACUUAAAGAACUUAACGAAGCAGGCACCAAUAUGACUAUCCAAGAAUUUCUCAAACGACUCACUGUCAAAGGUAGCAGUGGCACUCAAGGACAGUUUAAGAAGCGCAAGACAACCGAAUUUGAGAAUCGUACUAAUUUGAUGAUGGAGAAAAUCCUUACCAGAAUUGACGACAUGCAGUCUCUCAUGACCACCCAUGGCAAAGGUAUUCUAGAGAUAAAGUCAGAAAUUCGGUCCCAAUUUCACAGUGAAAUCUCACGAUGUGAGGAAGACAAGCAGCCUCCUGAAGAGUACAGAAAGCCUAGAGAGAGGAAGCUCUCUCAUGAACCGCCAUUAAGCAAGAACAAAUCACGCUUUUCCUCGAAAGAGCCAGAUCUUUCGAGAGAAGAGAGCAAGGAUGAUCACCCUAGUUCAGGAAAUGAGAAAGUGGAUGAUUCUCUAACUGCUAAAUUCGGCAAGAAUAGUAAUGGAUCAGGCAGAAUAGUCAGUUUUGGGCCAAAACAAGCAAGCAAAGACCCUGAUGAGGAGACCAAAUCAUAUUUCGAUAAACGAACUCCAAGUCUUGACCUUAAAAACUCAGAAAAGACCAAGCCCUUACAUAAAGGUGAAGAAGAGGCAGAACCAGAAGUCAAUGUAAAUCUCUUCACACGAGUUGUGGAGGAGGAAGAAGGCUCAUUAAGUAGCGAAGAGAGUGCUCGUGAGGAAUCCUAAAUCCAAAGAAAGGUCCUCAGCAUAGCUAUAUAUUGAGCCUCCGUUUCUGGUUUCAGACACCUUCUUUGGACCAUCAGGAUAAGAUUUAGUUAAAAUAAUUUCAAUUGAA